AUGGCGAAGUCACAAAUAAAACCCUUGCCCUCGACACCUCCGAAGAUCUCGUUGGUGCUUCCCGAGGUUGCGAGAAGCAGUACCGAACACUGCCAACGUCAGGUGAGCGUGCAGAGCUCCAGUGCUGACCGCCGCGAGAAGACGCUGCACACGCUGCGAGGCGCCAAGUCCCUUGCGGCCAUAACGUUCAUGUUCUCCGUGUGCUGGCUGCCCCACACAUACUUCCAGUUCCGCACCUACCUGGACCCAGCGUACGUCCAUUCCACUGAGUGGGGCGCGGCCAACUGGCUGGUGUUCUUGGGCAUGAGCAACAGCAUCAUGAACCCCUUCAUCUAUGCGUGGCAGCGGAGGGAUUUCAACACCGCGUGUCGGAGACUGUUCGCACGUGGGGUCCAAAUAGAAUGA